CGCCGCGCGGCGGCUAGAGAGACGCGGGGCGGCGGCCGACAUGUUCCAGGGCGCGGACGGCCAGCCGGGCGAGUCUAGCUCCAGAUCCAUGAAGCCCCCAGGAGGAGAAUCGAGCAAUCUUUUUGGAAGUCCAGAAGAAGGUAUUCCUUCAAGCAAACCUAAUAGGAUGGCAUCUAAUAUUUUUGGACCAACUGAAGAACCUAAAAACAUACCGAAGCGGACAAAUCCUCCAGGAGGCAAAGGAAGUGGUAUCUUUGAUGCAUCUACUCCUGUGCAGACUCGACAGCGACUGAACCCACCUGGCGGGAAGACUAGUGACAUAUUUGGGUCCCCAGUCACUGCCACUGCACCCCUGGCGCACCCAAACAAGCCGAAGGAUCAUGUUUUGCUAUGUGAAGGUGAAGACUCUAAAUCGGACCUGAAAGAUACAACAAACUCACCCCGAGGAGAGCAGAGCGAGAAGGGAAGCUCAAAAGAAGCAGACCAUGCCAAGAUACCAGAGCCCACACCUACAGUUGACAGUCAUGAGCCCAGACUGGGACCGCGGCCUCGGUCCCACAACAAGGUCCUGAACCCACCAGGAGGCAAAUCCAGCAUCUCCUUCUAUUGAGAGGCUCCUCCUCUGCCUGUACUCAGAUCGGAAACUCAGAGAUAGGGUAUUGAAAUGUUAGUGCUUCCUUUAACCCAAAUGAGUCGGGGUGGGAGAGGGGUUGUCAUGCGUGUGGGGUUGCCUGCUCAUAGGCCUGAUGCCUUUGGAGGAGCUACAGAAGGACUGUGCCUUCCAGACUGCCAAGAUACACAUCUGUGGGGAUAAAGGGGGGCGCUCUUAGGCCUCCUCUGUAGUUGUUCUGUGUGGAACAGUAAGGUUCUGGGAAGGGCGAAAGAGAUGGCACCCGUUAG